AUGGAGUUCACGCUGCUGAAGUUUUUCUCCAUCUGGAACCUCGUGUACAUGUUCUUCUUCCUCCACGGCCUCACCGACGGCUUCGGCGGCCUCAUGUACCCCCCGCUGGAGCGUCAUUGGGUGGAGGGGACCGGAGAGCUGCCGCCGCGAGCUAGGGACCACGUGACUAACCACAGGUCACCUGCAUGCGGGCAGCCGCACCUGCUGACUGUGCACGCGCCGCUCAACGCAGCACUUUGCUCCGCCCACUCCCACCUGCAGGCUCCUCCCACUCCCACCUGGCCUCACCUGCGCGCCUCACAGGGACAGGUCACGCAUGUUUCUCCACUCGCCAUCAGUAUGACCACCGUCCUCCUCUUCCUCCUCUUCCCCCUCCUCCUCCUGGCACCCGUGGACUCCAGCGGGGCCAGCUGGGGGGCCAGGGCCCCUCCGACCCCCCACCGGACCCCAGGGGCCCCGGGGGCCCCCAGCCGGGGCCUCCGGCCGCGUAGGGACACCUACAGUCCCCCCCGCGGUCCUGCCUUCACCUCCUGCCUCCUUCCUCUCACCCCGGAGGAGCACCGGGUCCUGGACGGCAGCACCCACGAGACGGGGUUCAACGGCGACGACGGCUCCUACGUCAUCCUCACCUGGGUGGGCGACGGCACCGGAGUGAUUCUGGUGCUGUCCACCAUCAGCGGUCCGCUCGACUCCUUCCUGGAGGGAGGCUCGUCGCGACUCUACCGAAGCACGGACUACGGCAAGUCCUUCCACGACAUCUCGCACCGCAUCAACAACACCUUCAUCAAGGAGGAGUUCGGAGUCAGCGUCGGACCGGGAAGCUGCGUGAUCCUGACGGCGGACACGCCCAUCGUGGACAACCCGGGCGGGAUCGUCUUCACCUCCAGAGACGCAGGCGCCACCUUCAAGUACACCCAGCUGCCCUUCCACCUGGUGCAGCCAAUCACGUACCACUUCCUGAUCCCCGACUACCUGGUGGCCCUGAGCAUCGACGGCGGCCUGUGGCUCUCGCUGGACUUCGGCGCCACGUGGAAGGAAGUUCACGACGGAGUCAACUCCUUCUCCUGGGGCGCCGGCAUCAACCUGUUCUUCAGCUGCAACAGAGUCGACGCAGCCGAGGCCGACGAGCGUGGAGACCUGGUCCUGAAGAGGACCACAGACCUGGGCCGGACCUUCACCACCAUCCACGAGGACGUGUACAGCUUCGGCUACAUCGGGGCCUUCCUCUUCUUCUCCGUGAUGGAGGACCCGAGGUCUCCUCGCGUCAUGUACUUCUCCUCGGACCAGGGAGACGACUUCAGCCGAGCGCUGCUGCCGUCGGCGUCCACCGAGCAGUUUUACUCCAUCCUGGACGGGGACGAGGACAUGCUCUUCAUGCACGUGGACAACCCCGGAGACACGUACUUCGGGACCAUGUACACCUCGGACGACCGCGGGAUCCUGUUCUCCAGGUCCCUGGAGCGCCACCUGUUCGACGGCCACCGGAAGAGCGACUUCGCCAACAUCACGUCGCUGCGAGGCGUCUACCUCACCAACAAGCUGGAUGUGGACAGCCGUGUAAGAUCUGUCAUUUCCUUCAACAGAGGAGGAACAUGGCGGCAGCUUCACAAACCGGAGAACGUGGACUGUGGAGACCACGUUAAGAGCUGCAACCUGCACAUCCACGGAGAACACAGCCGGAACAACCGGAUCGUUCCCAUGCUAGCUCUGUCGGCGCCCACCGCCAUCGGCCUCGUCAUCGCCCACGGCUCCGUGGGGGAUUCCCUCUCGUCAUCGCAGAAUCCCGACGUGUUUGUGUCCUCGGACGGCGGCUACAGCUGGAGGGGCACCCUGAGGGGCCCCCACCACUACAGCAUCCUGGACUCGGGGGGGCUCAUCGUGGCCGUGGAGGCCCACCGGGAGGGACAGGUCAAGACCGUCAAGUUCUCCACUGACGAAGGCCGGUGCUGGAAGUCGUACAACUUCACGGAGCAGCCGUUCUUCUUCGCGGGCCUGGCGUCGGAGCCGGGCACCAAGGCCAUGAACGUCAGCGUGUGGGGGUUCCGGCCCGAGGACGACGGCCAGCCCAUGUGGGUCGCCGUCACCAUCGACUUCCAGAGCCUCAUCACCAGAGAGUGUGACGACAGCGACUACGAGGAGUGGUUGGCUCAUGCUGCCGAGGGGGCGGGCUCUGACAGAGAGGGGUGUGUCCUGGGCGUGAAGGAGACCUAUCGGAGGCUGAAGAAACAGUCCGUGUGCAGGAAUGGGCGGAGUUUCGUGGUGAAAAAGAAGCAAAGCCCGUGCUUGUGCACCCGAGACGACUACCUGUGCGACUACGGCUACCACCGUCACGUCAACACCUCCGAGUGCGUGAGGCAGCCGAGCGCCGCUAACCAGACUCUGGAGGUUUGCCUGAGCGGGCAGGAGGACGAGCUGCUGACGGAAGGCUACAGGAAGGUUCCCAGCGACCGGUGCGAGGGCGGAUUCGCUCCUCACCUCGCGGUGCCGACGGUCAUCCGACCCUGCGGGCCCAAAACCAGCCCCGGUCCGCCGGCCAGGUCCACGUCUUCGGUCACACACUUCGAUACGCCGAGGGAGCGGCUGGUGCUGAUCCUGGUGUGUGGGGGGGCGGCGGCCGUCGUCCUGGUGGCCGUCGUGUCGGCCGUCCUGGCCGUCAGGAGGGUCGUUUACCGGACCAGGACUCCGUCGUACCGGUUCUCCAACCUCCGGACUCAGGAGGACAGCAGCUUCGUCACGCCCGACCUGGAGAGUGCAGCCAGCAGCAACGGCACGGCCGGCCAGCCGGACUCCGACGACGAUCUUCUUCAAUGACACGUUUUCAUGGAGGCAGUGAGACCAACUGCACUGACAAACACCGCUCGCUACGUUUUCUGGGACUUUUUAGAGUAUUUUACUUGGACUGCCUCUCUGGUCUGGUUAAGUUCUGUGGUUUUUAAUGAAAAAAAAUAUAAAAGUAAAAAAAAAAAAAUUACUUAUUUAUCUCCAUUGUAACUUUGCUUUUCUUGGUUUUUGUAACCGAUUUGUACAGUAUUUUUUUUAUUUAAUUGAGCUUUUCUGUUCUGUAAUGUGAAAACAAACCUGAAAGAAUCCUGAAAAUGUGCCUUUACUUAAAAAAAACAACAAGAAAAAUGGAUUUCUACUUCAUGAAAACGUUAUAAUAUCUCUUCUUUCGGAUGAAUUCAGAAUAAUUUAAGUGUUAUAAUUGGUAUAUUCAAAAGGAACGUUUGCAUGACCUGCUGCUGGAACACCGCGUGGCCACCCGGGGGCGCUGGCGGGGCUGUCACGUGUUCACUGUGCUGCAAAAUGGAAAGAGAAGAAGAACUAACAGGAAGUUGUGACGGAGUAAACGUAGAUUUUAGAGACAGAUGUCUCACUCGUUGCAAAUUUUCGUUGCAACUGUCACAACGUAUCGUC